AUGGCUGAAAACGAUCCGCGCGCAAAUGACCCGCGAUCAGAGGAAUCGAAGUCCAAGGACUUGAUCUCGAGAGGCGACCACACACCUACUCCAUUCGGCAAAGCCGUCUUCUUCCUCGCUCGCGCUGCAGACCCUUUUCUACAGUACUCGAUCCUCGCACAUGGCCUCGGCACAGGAUUGCUCCAUCGAGUAGGAAUACGCACGCUUCCAGCUGGGCUCCCUGCACACACCGGGAUAUCCUUGAUUGAUGGACUGGAACUUUCGCCGUACAGACUGGUGCUGUUGGGGAUGGCGGUUGGCAGUGCAGUAAAGCAGAACAUUUGGGUGACGCUGUUGUCGGGCGAGCCCAUGGCUACGCACAACUCUCUGGCAGUGGGCGCCUUCAAUACCGUGUUCAACAGUCUGAGCACCUACGCUUUUCUCAUCCGCGCGACCUCGGCGUCUAUGGAAUCGGAUUUUCCUCAGCCAGCGCUUCUAGUGGGGGGCGCGCUCUACGUGACCGGCAUCUUGACUGAGCUUGUCGCUGAAAUACAGCGUAAACGAUUCAAGGCUGAUCCGAAGAACAAAGGGAAGAUUUAUACCGGGGGUCUAUGGCAGUUUGCCAGGCAUAUAAACUAUGGAGGCUAUACGCUCUGGCGAGCUGGAUAUGCACUUGUAGGAGGCGGAUGGGGGUUGGGAGCUCUUGUUGGAGCCUUCUUCUUCUGGGACUUUUCGCAAAGAGCUGUCCCUGUGCUGAGCGAGUACUGCGAAAAGAGGUAUUCCAACGACUGGAAGAAGUUCACGGAGCAGACCAAGUACCGACUCAUACCUGGCGUCUAUUAA